AUGACAAAGAUUGAGGAAGGUGCUGAAUACUCCACUGGAAGAGUUGGCUGGGUUUCAGGGUUUGGCCUCAAAGAUGAUGAUGAAAUGCCUAGUAACCUCAGGUAUGUCCGGAUUCCCCUGGUGGACCAGGUGAAGUGCAGAAGCUCUAUUGAUGAGGUGAGGAAGAAGAAGAGAGAAGCCCCUGAUUUGACAGACAGCAUGUUCUGUGCCGGGUUACCAGAGGGUGGAAAGGACAUCUGUGCAGGGGAUGGUGGAGGGCCGUAUGUCCUAAAGUAUGGGGGAGUUUUCUGGGCAGCAGGGAUCGCCAGCUGGGGAAUUGACUGUGGAGAGCCAGGCCAAUAUGGGGUCUAUACCCGCGUAGCUAGCUACGUAGAAUGGAUCAAGAAGACCAUGGAGGAUAAUUGAAAUUAUGGGUGUAUAAAUUAUGCAAGAAAUGUUUGAGUUUGUCGAGGAUAGCAGCAAAUAUAAACAUGUUUUUUAUUGAAUUAAUGCUUUUCUGUAACUGAAGCAUAUUUAAUACAUUUGAAAUCUGUAUUUUUAA